AUGCCUGGCGCUUUCGGACCUGAGGAUUACAUUGACUUUUAUGAGAACCCUCUCGAAGUUCUUGACAACCCAGAGUCUACUUGGAAUAAUAGGGAACCGCGAACUACCUGGUCCACUAACAACUUGCCAACCCUUGACGAUGUUGACUUUGACUGGCGCACAUACGAUCCGCCUGGUGCAUUGCGAAAGACACCCAACAUAACGUCCCAGGUUCUCCUUGAUAUACUGCAGUCAUCAGUUGAGAACGUCAAAGCAAGGAAUAUCGAAGAGGAUCGUCAGAGAAAAGAAGCCGAGGCUCAACGACACCUUCAAGAGAUCGAAAAAGGCAAGAACAAAGAACCGUAUCUGCCCAUCAUCAUUCCUGUUGAGAAACCUGCCCAAGAUGACACAGGAAGAGAUGUCCCCAAGAUUAAACCUGUUAUACUCAUGACAACCUUUGGCCCCAGCGUCGCUGCUACAAAGACCGAGGCCAAGGCAAACAAGAAGCGUCUUGUUGCGCUUCGGCGGUUUUUCCAGCGCAGUAACGAAAAGGGCGAAAGUAGUGCGACAGGCGCGGUCUUAAGGGCUCUACAAAAAGAAGAUGGAGAGGCCGAAACUGGCAAGGAGAGCCUCAGUUGUUUGACCAAGGCCGAUACCGCCGAGGAAGUUGAAUGUGUGUCGUGUCUUGACGACUUUCACCCCAAGGAUGUCAUAAAGGUGCCUUGCCAUAGUUACUGCCGCGAUUGCUUUGUCCGUCUAGUUUCCGCUGCAUGCCAGAAUGAGCAGCAGUGGCCACCUAGAUGUUGUUUGAAUGAGAUCCCCGUCAAAACUGUCCUUCGAUUCAUUCCGUCUAACUUGAAGAAGACGUUUGAGGACCGGUCCAAGGAGUGGGAACUCCCAGUCAGCGAACGAGUCUAUUGCAGUGAACCUAACUGCAGUCUCUGGAUAAAGCCCAAACGAAUCAACCAAAGCAGGCGUAGAGGUAUUUGCGAUCGAUCUCACCUAACGUGUACAUUGUGCCGAGGGCCAGCUCAUGGGGAAGAAGAGUGCCCUCAAGAUGUUGAUAUGAACCUUACGAACCAGCUAGCCGAAGACGAAGGGUGGAAAAGGUGUUCAAAAUGCCAUGCUUUGGUCGAACAUCGAGAGGCCUGUCAGCACAUAACUUGUCGAUGCGGGAACCAAUUCUGUUACGUCUGUGAGAGGCGCUGGCGCACUUGCGAAUGCACAAUGGAGCACCUUCAAGCAGUCAAAGACGGAGCUGCCGCCCGACGAGAAGAAAGACGAGCCAACGAACUAGUGGAAGCUGAGGAGAUACGACAGGCUCUCCUGCAGAUAGAAGAGUUUGAGCGCGAAGAAGCUCUCAAGGCUGAACUGCUACGACAGGAACAGGAACGGUUAGAAGAAGAACGCCGACAGCGCGAGCUCGAGGAGAGAGUUCGACAGGAAAGCAUUCGUCGCAGGGAUAUUGAAACCAAGUAUCAAGAGUUACGGAUUCUACUCGACCAAUUACAUGAGUUGCAGCAAGUAUUGCUCGAAGUCGACCAGGAAAAGGAGGGUAGGAAUAUGGUCAUCAGCAUUGAAUCCGCGAAAGAAUCUUUGGAAAAGAAGCACGAAUCAGAACGGUCAGAGUUAAAUACCAUCAUCUUGGAGAAGAUGGCCGAGAAGGAAGACGCUUUGAACAAAGAUUUCCAAAUUCGGGCAGCUCAAGAGAAUGAUCUCGAACAAGCCUACCAUGAGCGACUCAAAGCGUAUUGGAGGAAUAGAAAAGACGGGGAUCAAGAGAUAGAAAAUGCGAUGCUCGAUUUGAGAAAGCGCAUGGAUCAGAAACAGUAUGGCUGGCAGAAGUGGAAGGCUGAGCAGCUCAAGGACUUUGAGCUCAAACUUCAAGAUAACAGUUGCUACAGAGAAGAGCUCAUGUACAGCGCCAAGCACAGACUGGACGAUUCUUGCAAGGAGAAGGAGAGAGAGAUGGUGAGGCGUAUGGCAGCCGAGAACAAAUGGCUCGAAGCUGUUGUAUUGGAGAGGGAGAAGCUCCUCAGUGAGUGGGAGUAUGAGGAGAUUGAAGGCGAUGCUGACAGUAUAUUCGCGCCAGAGUCGGAUGGUUCUGGAGAUGGGCACUAUAUUGUUGGAACCACGUUGUAA